AUGUGGUAUCCUAUGGAUGAGUUCUAUGUACAUCGCCGGUACGAAGGCUGUAUAAAAGAGGAGAAAAACGGCUGGUGUUUGGUAAGAUAUUUGAAUCAGCUGUUGGCAGCUGUUUCCAUCUCAAACAGCUCCGUUUCCAACAGCUCCAAUUUGAAGCUUUUUCUCAAAAAUAUAAAUAUGUCUCGCAAGUGUAAGACUAGCGGAAGAGUCACUUGGACAAAUGAGCAAUUUACUUCAUUUGUUGACAUAUGUGUUAAAGGUACUAAUAUUGGUCAGAGAAGUGGAGGUGGGUGGGGUGAUAGAGGGUGGAUUUGGGUAGAAAAUGAGAUGAAACUUGUUGGCUUAGUAUUUACUAGAGAACAACUAAAACAUAAAUGGGAUUGGAUGAAAGAACAAUGGAAAAUAUGGAAAGAAUUGAAAGGAAAAUCAACUGGAUUAGGAUGGAAUCCUUUUACCGGCACAGUCAUGGCAUCUAAUGAAUGGUGGGAUGAAAAAAUUAAAGAAAAUCCAAGUUUUGCAAAAUUUCGUGAAAAGGGAAUCGGUAAAGAGCUUUAUGAGAAAUACGAAAUUAUAUUUUUGAGUACCGUGGCUACCGGAGAUUAUGCAUAUGCUCCAUCUUCUGGAAUUUUACCUAGUGAUAUUGAAGAACUGUCACAUGAUGAUGUGCUUUCUACUCAACAGAGUGGUUAUCUAGAAAAUAAUUUUAAUGAACAUCUAAAUGAGAUGAGUGGUGGAGGAUUAGGCAACGAACAAUCGUUUACUGAGCUCCUUUUUGGAACAACAAACUUAGAAAAUGUUGGAAGUAAUACUAGUCAAGGAAGUGGUAAAAAGCAAAAGAGAACAGGAUCUCCAGCUGAUGGGCGAAUGAAUAAGAAAGGGGGUAAAGAAAAAAAAUUAUCGGGUACUGAGCAAGUGACCAAUAUUGUUAGAGAAUUGAAUGAAGGUAUGCAGGAAAGUAUGAAAAAUAAGACUACUGCAUUAUGUAGAGUUUUAGGGGAUCGCCCAGGUUGUUCCAUUGAAGAGGUUAUGAAAGAUGUUCUUUCUUUACCACAAAUGCAAGAGGCAAGCGAUAUUCAUUUUUUUAGUACUUUAUUGUUGGAUCAAAAAUCAAAAAGAGAGAUGUACUGUACUUUGAAAGAUACUGGGACAAAGUGGAAAUGGCUUGAAUAUCAUCACACAUUAUGGGUGAAGGGCAUGUGGAAACCGAACAACUAG